GUUAGAGUUUUCCAGCAAACCAACAGGUAACUUGUAAUCUGCAAGGACAUUUGACUGAGUUGCACAUUUCAGAAGUAAAUAAACUUGUGUGUAAUUGUUUGUGCAUUUCUGCUUAGGACUCAAAGGUUACCUCGCAUAGGUGGGAGAGGAAGGAUGCUCACUGAUGUGCAGGAAACUGCCAUUGUUGAUAUGGUUAUCAGAAACAAUGGGAUAUGCGAGACAUGGCAGACAACGUUUCUUUUGCAAAUAUUCACAAUGUUAGCAUAACAACAAUUUCUAGAGUCCUGAAAAACAAUAGGUCAGGAUGAAACAGUGCCUUUUGAGAGGAAUUCGGAACAUGUCAAGCAACUCCGGAACCAAUAUGUCCAGAGCCCUUUUCACACAGAGAUUCCGGAAAAUACACGUAAAACGUGUCUGGGUAUUUUCCGGGAUUAUCUUGAUUUUGGUUUGUUCACACAGACAGUCUUUUUCCGGAAUCUGUGUGAGCGUUCAGACACAUCCCGGACAAUUCCCGUAUAGACACGUGACAUUAGGGUGUGACGUAUAAUGUACGAGUCAGAAACGUCCCGCCCUAAACGGAAACGGAAACAUGCGCGGAACCGGAUGCAGUUCCUGUUUAAACAACAUGGCAGCGGGUCACGCGUUAGAUGUGGAAACUCUGUUGUUUGUUUACAACAUGUUUCUUGCUCAAAGCAGAGUGUUUUUUUCGAUUUUGACUUCUUUUCAACGUGUCAAUUCGAUAACGAACGAGCUCCAACAAAAAAUAGCGGACAGCAGAAAGUUAUAUAAUGCAGAGACACGCAGAGCACGGAGGCGCCAUCGGAUGCUUAAAGCUACAACUCUUGCAACAAGGCUCACGGAAAAGAGUGUUUCCAAGAGAAAAAUGUGGGUUGUACCAAGACCUCAGGGGCCUGUGUUUUGGUCUAAUAUUUUGGAGAACUUUAACGACGACCAGUGGCAACAGCAUUUUCGAAUGUCAAGGAACACCUUUGAAUUUGUUUUGCAACAAGUUGAGCAAAGCCUGACACGUAAGUCUACCAACUGGAGAAAGCCCAUACCACCACGCCAUCGAUUGGCUAUUGUUUUGUGGUGGUAUGCAACCCCUGGCGAGUACCGUACGAUCAGUUGUCUUUUUGGUGUCGGACUGUCCACUGUUUGUACACUGGUUUACGAGGUCACCGCGACAUUAAAGAGAAUGCUUUUAAAACGAUUCAUCGCCUUACCCAAGGGGGAAGCUCUUCAACAGACGAUAAAUGGGUUCGCUGCACGUGGGUAUCCUUUGUGUGCUGGUGCAAUAGAUGGCAGCCACAUCCCUAUUAUUGCUCCACAAGAAGAUGCGACGGCGUAUUAUAAUCGCAAAGGAUGGCAUCCAUAACAGAAAGUUGCUCAAUGUUUUGUUUGUGUACACGUUUUAACGCAAUAUGUUUUGAACUAGUUUUACAGAUAUAUAUGUGGGCUGGCCUGGACGCACGCAUGAUGCUCGUGUUCUAUCCAAUUCUCCCAUCUUCAAAAUGGCAGAAGAACAAGGCGGAUACCUGUUUCCUCAUGAGAACUCCAUGUCAGUGAACGGGGUCGAUGUUCCUGUCCAUUUAAUUGGUGAUGCUGCAUAUCCUCUCAAGAACUGGCUUAUGAAGGGUUUCACAAACCACAAUACGCUAACUCCUCAACAACGUCAUUAUAACUAUCGACUGAGUUCAGCACGGAUGGUUGUGGAGAAUGCCUUUGGUCGCCUUAAAGGUCGUUGGAGGUGCUUGCUAAAGCGCAAUGAUGUCGACACUGUUUUGAUGUCGGAUGUUGUUGCUGUGUGUUGUGUUUUGCACAAUAUCUGCGAGAUAAACAAAGAACAUUUCUUGCCUGACUGGAACAUUACAGAUGUUUUGCAAGAGCCAGAACAAGAUAUGUUUCAGGGGGUGGGAGGGCCUAAUUCACAAGCUAUUCGUGCAGCUAUAAUGACUCUCCUGUAAUUUUGGUACCAUGUUUAUAUGGCAUGAUGAAGCAUUGUUACCCUGAAGCUUUCCAUUGUUUACUUUUUUACUGUUUAUACGUGUGUGAUAGGAUUGAUGUACAGAAUAAACAUGAUUGAGAAAAUAUAUGUUUCUUGUUCUUUUAUGUUGGUAACUAUAUAUGACACAGAAUUUAUGUAUAAUUGGCUGAAGCACCCUAAUUGCCAUAAACAAUGGCAGCAUA